UAAAAAUCUAAAUUGGCUUAAAAGGUGGGACACUAAGCAAAAGUGAAAGUAGAGGUCACAGUUAACCAUCUCAUAACGAAAUCAGAUUCAGCGAAGACAACACCAACAUGUUAAAGUACUUUUCAGUUCUGAUUAUUUUAGUGAAGUUGAGUGUUGCACAGAAGUUAAAUGUUGAUGUGUUAUAUGAAUCACUAUGUCCAGAUAGUUUACGAUUUAUAACUGAACAAUUGUAUCCUGCUUGGAGUGAUAUUUCUCCUUAUGUAAAUAUUAAUUUUGUGCCUUUUGGAAAAAGUUCUAGUUUACAAAAUGGAAGUGAGUUUGUUUGUCAACACGGUCCCCGAGAAUGUCGGGGGAACAGGCUAAUGUCCUGUGCAUUGGCCAGAAUUCCAGAUCAAACGCAGCAAGUAGAAUAUGUAAAUUGUUUUAUGAAAGUUUACAGGAAAAACAGAAAGAAUUCGGAAGAAGAUGGAAGACAGUGUGCAGAAAAAAUUAACUUAGAUGUGAACGAUGUUAACGCUUGUUAUAACUCAUUGGAAGGAACUCAGUUACAGUUAAAUGCAGAAAAGUCAACGGUCAGGAUAUUACCGAAGUUUGUGCCUACAGUAUUAUAUAACGGUGAGUUUAUGCAACAACUUCAAGACAUCAGUUUGGUGAAUUUCAGGGGAUUGGUCUGUGAAUUAAUAAAAACGACUUAUCCGGAAUCAUGUAAAACUUUAUCAAUUUUAAAAUUGUAAAUCUUUCUAUUUUUUAAUUAAUAUUUAUUAAAAUCUUUAAUUAUU